ACAUACUUCACGGCUUCGACGUUUGUAGAUGACAGUGGGUAUUUUUAACCACUGUUAUCAUCUCGUUGUGCUACUUGGGACACUGGAGUUUUAUAUAAAGGGUGGUCCUUGAAGAUGCAGCUGUACAGUAGUGCGCUGACACAUUACCCUGGCUCUUCGCGCAAAGUUUCGAUUUCUGUUUCAAGUGUCACCAAUAACGUGCCUGCAGUUCGAGAGAGGAGUACCUUGGUGAUUAACAGGACCGAUAAUCGAAGUGUUACAGCGUGUAAAGGGGACUCCGUAAACAAGACCGCGUCCGCUACAAAUAUGCCUGCCCUUUCGUGCUACGAGGCUGUUUCUGUCAAGCCGACCUGCUACACGACCACUGCCGAGAUCAUCGUUACCCGGCCCAGUGGAGUGGAAAGAUCCGUUCCUAUCCACAUAGUUAAAGAAUCCAGGCAUAAAUGGAUUCCAUCGGCAACCUACUUCCACGAGUCUUCCUGCCCGGUGCUUGAUGAGGAGGAUUCCUUACGACCAGAUGGCGGAUUGAUCGAGGACUUAAUGGAUCAGAUGAGGAACGGGGUGGAGGUGUUUGAUGAAUAUCAGAAAGUAUUAGAAAAUAAUAUGAUUAACAUCGACAGAAAAUCAGACCGAACGGGCUACAGAUACGAUGGCUUUAGUUCGGAAAAUGAACUGGGAGAGAAAGUGCCUCUCGCAAGCGACUGUAAAAAUAACUCUGAGAUUUUGGGAGUUGUAAUGAACCAUUCUGCCCACGAUUCACCCAAAGUAACUGAUUCUAGAAGCAACGGGAGUGCGCAACAGGAACCUCAGCCAAGCAUCGAUGAGAAUGACCAGCUGCAAGAAGCAUCUGUUUAUAAUCGGUACAAUUUACAGACCUCUGCACAAAACACAAUGGAAACCAAAACCGAAAUAAACGACAGAGUGACACAUUAUUUGGCCGAAGUGGAAAAACAGAAUAAAUACCUCCAAGAGAGACAUAAAUAUAGAUUUCACAUAAUCCCCGAUGGCAAUUGCUUGUACAGAGCGGUGUGCAAGGCGGUUUAUGGGAACCAGUCGAUGCAUAAAGAGUUACGGGAGCAGACAGUGCACCACAUAGCGGAUCACCUGGAUGAGUUUAGCCCCAUCAUUGAGGGCGAUGUCGGUGCGUUCCUGAUCAACGCUGCGCAAGACGGUGCGUGGGCUGGCUACCCCGAACUGCUGGCUAUGAGUCAGAUGCUAAACGUAAACAUACAUCUAACCACUGGGGGGAGCUUGGAAAGUCCAACGGUUUCCACCAUGGUACACUACCUGGGCGAAGAGGACACAUCGAAGGCUAGCAUUUGGUUAAGCUGGCUAAGCAACGGCCACUACGACGUUUUGUUCGACAGAUGUUUGCCGAAUCCCGAGUACGAGAGCUGGUGCCGUCAGACGCAAGUGCAGAGGAGAAGGGACGAGGAACUGGCCAAGUCAAUGGCAGCGUCUUUGUCCAAAAUGUACAUUGAGCAAAAUGGUGCCUCUUGAAAAGCUGUGUGUAUUUUUGUGAAUGUACUGUAUGUUUUUAAAGCCCGUGGCACCCUCGCCAAGUCCAACGCACUUUAUCACUGUAUAACUUUAGUCAUAAACAUUGCCUUAAAUUAUUUUUCUAAGCUGAGUUUUAUUUUAUUAUAAACUUGUGUGAAAGCUACAGCAGGUUGCAGUGCACCUGAUGGAAUCUUACUAUUUGAUAUUGGUAUGACACGACUUUAUAACACAAAGUGAUUAAAUAUUUUAGUAGGAUUGCAGUAAGUUUCUUUUUAGUACAUCCAGUUUUAAACUUGUUAUAUCAAUCAUUUUAAGUUUUCAUUUUCAGCGGAAUGCGGAGAUAGUGAUGCCAAAUGAAAUGGUGGAUUUUUUUUUCUCGUCGCUUUUUGUAAAUUGAACGGAACGUGGAACAAUACCUUGUGGUAAAUAUAAGAGACUGGAACGCCAUUCAUACCGACACAGUGCUGUCAAUAGUUUUUUUUUCUUUUAUUUCCAGUUUUAACACUUUGUAUUAAGGGCAAGACUAGUAAUCGUAUUUUCCGAAGUUGUUGUACGUUUUGAUAUGUAUUUUUUCUUCUAUGUGGCUUCAUUUCUUUAGGAUUACUCGUAUAGAACUGAGAACUUGUGUCCAGGUUUUUACUUUGUAACUGAAACAAUAAAACGUAAAAAGGUU